AUGUCUAAGGAAGUAUUGGAAACUGACUACUCUGUACAUCCGGACCUUAGUCUGCUCGAGAAACAGGUUCUUCUGCAAUACCAGGCUCUAGCCAUUAAAUUAAAUCUGCUUUCAGAUGAAAUUGGCAAAUUGAACAAGCAUCUCCCGCUGGCAAGACAGAUCGGUCUAGAUCCGGCAGUUGGACUGGCUGAUGGGCUUUUGACGAAUAUGAGGAAUUUGGAGAGGAAAAUAGGUCUUGUGUAUACGCUUUUCCGGACAGCGGUGUACUCGUUGUUGUUGCAGAACCAGGAGAAUCGCGAGAGGGAAGAGAAGGAGGAUAAGGCCAAGGAGCUGGAAGAUUUCUCUAGCGAUUUAGAGGAAUAA